AUGAUGUACUGAUUGGCUUUUUACCUUUGGCGCAUGUAUUUGAGCUUUUGGCAGAAAGUGUUUGCCUUAUGACUGGCGUACCAAUUGGUUAUUCCACACCAUUAACAUUAAUUGAUACAAGUAGUAAAAUUAUGCGUGGUAGUAAAGGAGAUGCCACCGUUUUGAAACCGACUUGCAUGACUUCAGUACCACUCAUUUUAGAUCGGAUAUCAAAAGGCAUUAACGAUAAAAUUAACUCUGGCUCAGCAUUCAAAAAGGCAUUGUUCAGAUUUCUGUAUCAGUACAAAUUAAAUUGGACUCAAAAAGGUUAUCUUACACCUUUAGUAGACAGGCUAGUUUUUCAUAAAGUAUCAAAAUUGCUUGGUGGUCGCGUACGUAUUAUUAUGUCUGGAGGAGCUCCAUUAUCACCGGAUACACAUGAGCAAAUUAAAAUAUGUUUGUGUGUAGAUUUAGUACAAGGCUAUGGUUUAACUGAAACGACAUCAGGAGCAACUGUUAUGGAUUAUCGUGAUAUGACAUACGGACGCACAGGUGCACCUUUGACAGUAUGUGAUAUACGCCUAGUAAAUUGGGAGGAAGGAAAUUAUCGAGUAACUAAUAAACCAUAUCCUCAAGGAGAAGUAUUGAUUGGUGGUGAUUGUGUGUCAUUGGGUUAUUACAAGUUACCUGGCAAAACAGCUGAAGAUUUCUUUGAAGAAGAUGGCAGACGUUGGUUCAAAACUGGAGAUGUUGGUGAAAUACAUCCCGACGGCGUACUUAAAAUUAUUGAUCGUAAAAAGGAUUUAGUUAAAUUACAAGCUGGAGAAUAUGUUUCACUUGGAAAAGUUGAGUCAGAACUAAAAACUUGUCCAUAUAUUGAAAAUAUUUGCGUAUAUGGUGAUCCAUCAAAACAAUUUACUGUUGGAUUAGUAGUACCCAACCAGAAACACUUAGAAGAACUAGCACAACGUCAUGGCCUAGAAAAUAAACAUUUCGAUGAGUUAUGUGCAUCACCAGUAUUGGAAAAAGCUAUGAUUAAAGAAAUUGCGGAACAUGCGAGAAAAUGUAAAUUACAAAAGUUUGAAGUACCUGCUGCUAUCACUUUAUGCAAAGAGGUUUGGUCUCCAGAUAUGGGCUUGGUAACAGCUGCCUUUAAACUUAAGCGCAAAGACAUACAAGACAAAUACCAACAUGAUAUAAAUCGCAUGUAUGCUUCAUGAAAAUUACCUUAUUAAGUUUCAAUAAUUAAAGCUUUGACUGACGCAAACUAAAAUUUUUUAAGCGUUGGAAUCCUACGAGGCAAAAAAUACGAAAGAAUUUCAAAGCAUAAUACUAAAUGUCCAUUUGUUUUUUAAAAUAGUUUGUGCUUUUAUUUGAUUGCGUUUAUAUUUAAAGAAAUAUUCAUAUUUUUAACAUUAGUUUUUUUUUUUU